AUGGCAUCUCCUUGGGCUCCCAUUCCACCAGCUGAAGCAGUAAGCUUCAAUCAAAUAACUGCCGAGCAGUCUUUCCAUAAGAAAUUGGAAAAUGAAUUUUUAAAGUAUGCGGAUGAUAAAGUUACUGAAAAUCACGCAACCUUCGAGGACGUUGAUAUUGAAGAUGACAAUAUCAAUAGCGAUAGAGUUAUUGCGCAAUUACUGCAAAAUCAAUUUAAUGAUGAGUAUGAUUUGAUGCUUAAACGCACUGAGGAUAAACUUAAUCGAGGAUCCAAAGUUGGUAUAUCAUUCGCAAACUUUCGUACGAGUCCAAAUUGUCCUGACAUAGUUAAGCAAAUCGAUGAAGAUCGCGAUCUAGAUCAUUUUGUGGAAAUCGAGAAAGAAUAUGCCUCAAUUCCACGGUGCGGCUACAAGAAAUCAAACGCAGGUUCUGAAAUUGUGACGAAGCACGACAUACUGAUGUCCUCGAGAAUAAAUGCUUGUAGAGUUCUGGAAUUCCCUCCUGGAAUAUCUACCGGAGAUACCGGAGGCUUCGACGUUAAAUUGAAUAAUAAUGUGUUCAACUCAUUGCGAAAUCACAGCCAUGCACACUGCGCUCGUGAGAAAGCCAAAGUGCGCCCUCACAAGCAAAAUUAA